AUGGUACAAUGCAACACCGUUUUGGAGAGUGUGCUCCCACGUGAAUCCAACUCAAAGGAAACAGACGCUGCCCUUUUAAGCAUCCUGACUUACCCCGGGUUCUCCAUUACCAACGAACAAUUAAUCAAACAGACUCGCAACACUGUCGUCCAAAAGUUGUUGGGAAGGUACGGCUGUCGUCGUUUCUUACGUGACGGUUUUCGAACUGCACGUGAAGACUCCAAUCGGCUCUAUUACGAGCCCUGGGAGUUACGUAUGUUCGAAGGUAUCGAAUGUGAAUGGCCUAUGUUCCUGGCUUGGCUUGUGAUCGAUGCAAGUUUUCGUGAGGAUUAUGAUGGUGCUGAUCGCUAUAUGCAAAUGCUUCAAGAUGUCGUGGUGCGGGAGGGUAUUUGCGCCGGUGAAACUGCUACGGCAUACACCCGACAACUUGCUAUUGAAAGGAGAUCUACUCAGCCGUGCGAGGGGGCUAAUACCGGGGAGAAGCCUGUUUGUCGACGUAUUAGUGAAGCUACAAACCUGAGUACCACCAUGAGCUUAGUUCUCAUGCCCGAAUCAUAUGCUGUUCCGGCAGAGAACAUUGAUGCCGAAUUAGCCGAACCACAUUCACAGAAUCGAGUUACUAAGGGCAAUCUACCCCACAUCUGGGGCCAAUCGUUGUACAUCCUUUCGAACAUCAUUUACGAAGGCCUUUUGCUGCCCGGCGAGAUCGAUCCACUUGGACGACGCCUGCUGACCGAGCCGAAACCAGAUCUCUCUGUCCAAGUGGUCCUAGUCGCAGAGGACGACGAUAUGAAGAACUAUCUGCAAGAACUGCAAAUAGAAGUGCAAACCUUCGAUGAAAUCUACAACGAGGCUGGGAUUCACAUCUAUCCGGCCAAAGUACUCGGACAAUUGUACAAACAAUUGGCGCACACGAAGAAUGCCACAACGUCUUAUCUAAUCUCCACGAUCAAGAAAAUGGCUACCGGUUAUCUGAACGGUACACGAGUAACUCUUGGUACUUUGAAAAACUUUGAAGAGACAUCCAGUGUGAAGCAACUGAGCUUCGUCGGCUCAUGUGGUAAGUUGCGUAACCACCUUGUGUCGUCACUGAACACAAAUUUUAUCAUUAUUCUUUUCCUUCUUGGAAUUCUUUCGGAAAACAGCCUGAUUGAUAAUACUGUAUUUUUUUCGAUAAUAUGUAACGACAUGAAUUAUUUGAUCAAACAUUUUAUUGCAUACCCUUGUCUCCUAAGUGGCAGAAAGGGGAUAAACCCGUUAGUCAAGAGCACCCAUUGUUCACUCAUGAAAAACGGCAGCCAACACCCCAUAACUUGCAUAGGUGAAACACAUAAAUCCCCAAUGGACUGUGCGUGGUAUUGA